AUGGAUCGGUUUAAGAUGGUAUUUCAGUACUUCCAGUCAAACUCUGAGUCGGUGAUGAAUGGGAUUUGUGGACUUUUGGCUUUGGCCAGUGUUAAAAUCUACAAUUCCUUUGAUUUUAACUGCCCGUGUCUUCCUAAAUACAACAUGAUCUAUGGUAUGGGGAUUAUGUUUGUGCCUCCAGUUGCCCUUUUUCUCUGCGGUCUUAUAGUGAACAGACAAUCGGUUAUUAUGAUAGAAGAGUGGAUGAGACCCGCUGGGAGAAGAAAGAAAAACCUGGCCAUUGUAAAAUACAUGUGCACCUCAGUCUUCACACGUGCCAUGGUUGCUCCAGUGGUCUGGAUUCUGACUACACUCUUGGAUGGAAAUUGUUUUGUUUGUGCCUUUAGUGGUUCGGUGGACCCAGACAAAUUUCCAGGCUUUGCAAAUAACACUUCACCAGAAAUGCAAAUCCUGCUCUACAAGGUGCCUUGUAAGGAGGACAUCAUGAUCCGAAAUAACACUUCAAGAAAAGCUGUUUCCAGAUACUUGAAAUGCUGGUCACAGGCUUUAGGAUGGGGUAUUCUGUUGUGCCUUAUUAUCUUGGCAUUCCUUGCCCGAACCCUCAAGCCCUGCUUUGACCAAACGUCAUUUCUCCAAACUCGCUACUGGAGUAACUACAUUGAUAUUGAGCAGAAGAUCUUCGAUGAGACUUGCUGUGAACAUGCAAGAGACUUUGCCCACAAAUGCAUUCUUCAUUUCUUCCACAGCAUGCACAAUGAGAUGAAGGUGGCCCGCAUGAUGAAGAAGGAAGAGGAAGAGGAGGAAGACCACCUUCAUGGAAUCACUGACCAUGAGCAAGUGAACAAACUCUUAAAGUCUUGGUACCAAAGCAAACCCCCACUGUCUCUAAAUGUCCCGACUCAUCGACAACAUGUUAAAGGAAAAAGCAAGUGCUGCUGCCAGGAUGACAACAAUGGAAAACAAACAGAUGUAUGA